AUGCAAAGACUUAUCUUCGCGGCGGCCUACUUCGUCCCCCGACACUGCGUCGGCUCAGUGCUGUUCCUGCGGCCACCUUCCAGGGACAAGAGGCGCAGCACCGCAGCCGCCAGUGCCCUGCGUCUUGGGCAGAAUGCGGCGGCCGCGCACGAGGGCCACACACACACCGCCGGACCCGCGCGCGCAAAGGCACCGGGGCGCCUCCUUCGCCGCGGCGCAGGGGGUGGGGGCGCUGCACUUCCUCCCUCCGUCCGAGGGGCCCCCGCAACGGCCCGGCGGGCGCGAGACGAAAUCGAGGAGCGCCGGCACGCAUGCGCACAAUAA